AUGCUGUCAUUACCGAUCAGAGAGGUAUUAAAACAUUUAAAAGAAGGUAAAAUAACAGCAAGAGAUCUGAUUGAACUAUGUUUAAAACGAUCAGAGAAAGUGAAGGAGUUAAAUAUAUUUGUAACAGAAACAGGAGAAUUAGCUCGACAACAAGCUGAUGAUUCUUCUAAUAGAUUGAAAUCAGGAAAUGAAAUCGGACCACUAGAAGGUAUACCGAUUGGAUUUAAAGAUAAUUUUUGUUCGAAUGGAAUCAGGACAUCAUGUGGAUCUCGAAUGCUGGCCAACUUUAUUCCACCAUACCAUGCUACUAUGAUAGAAAAAACCCUGAACAAUGGAGGUGUGUUACUCGGCAAGACAAAUAUGGAUGAGUUUGCUAUGGGAGCAGGAAGUGUAGACAGUGCCUCGGGACCAGUCAGAAAUCCCUGGAAAUACAAAUUUAAAUCUCGCAGACAUAAAAACAACCAAUCAGAAGAUAGCAAGGGUCAUGUGACAGACAAGGAAGAUGAUGAUUGGUUGAUAACAGGAGGAAGUUCUGGUGGGUCAGCUGCAGCUGUGGCUAGCGGCGUCUGCUUUGGUGCAUUUGGAUCUGAUACAGGUGGCUCCACUCGUAUCCCAGCAUCCUUCUGUGGUGUAACAGGAUUAAAACCGAGCUAUGGUCGUCUGUCACGACAUGGUCUCAUUCCAUUGGUUAAUUCUAUGGAUGUACCAGGUAUUAUUGGUAAAACUACUGAAGAUGUCGCUACAAUACUUAAUUGUGUAUCUGGGUUAGAUUUGAAAGAUUCCACAACUCUACCUGGUUCUUACCAACCUGUAAAUCUCCAGGAAUCUAUAGAUGUUAAAAAACUACAUAUUGGCAUCCCCAAGGAAUAUCAUGCCCCCGAUACAACGGAAGAUGUUAUAACAACGUGGGGUCAGAUAGCUGAUAUGUUGGAUAACGCGGGGGCGAAAGUCAGUCAGGUAUCGCUACCCUAUACACAAUAUUCUAUAAAAGUCUACUCUGUAUUGUGUUGUUGUGAGGUAGCUAGUAAUAUGGCUAGAUAUGAUGGUAUAGAGUUCGGUUAUCGAGGUACUAAUGAACAAUCAACAGAAGAAAUGUUUGCAUCGAGUCGCCAUCAUGGCUUCAACGACGUCGUUAGAGGUAGAAUUAUGGCGGGAAACUAUUUUCUAUUAAAAGAAAAUUAUGAACGAUAUUUUAUACAAGCUCAGAAAAUACGAAGAUUAAUCAGUGAAGAUUUUCAGAAAGUAUUUAAGUCUGGUGUUAAUAUGUUGGUUACCCCGACAACCAUCAAUCCAGCGUUACCAUACCGAUAUUUUAUGGAAGAAGAUAAUCAGACACGUUGUUCACAACUUGAUGUUUUUACACAACCUUCAAAUUUAGCAGGAAUCCCAGCACUUACUCUUCCAGUCAGUCUUUCUACUGAUCAAUUACCAAUUGGAAUCCAGAUCCUGGCACCACAUCUCCAUGACGAUAAAGUCUUGUUGCUAGGCAACUGGAUAGAACAACAAGUUAACUUUCCGUUUUUAAAUUUAGACUGUUUAGAUGAGGGUGUGUGA